AUGGACAGCACCUGGUAUGCCAUCUCCUGUAUGGACAGCACAUGUUAUGCAAACUCCUGUAUGGACAGCACCUGGUAUGCCGCCUCCUACAUGGGAAGCACAUGGUAUGCCGCCUCCUGUAUGGACAUCACAUGGUAUGCCUUAUCCUGUAUGGACAACACUUGGUAUGCAAACUCCUCUAUGGAGAGCACCUGGUAUGCCGCCUCCUGUAUGGACAGCACCUGGUAUGCAAACUCCUGUAUGGACAGCACCUGGUAUGCCGCCUCCUGUAUGGACAGCACAUGUUAUGCAAACUCCUCUAUGGAGAGCACCUGGUAUGCCGCCUCCUGUAUGGACAGCACCUGGUAUGCAAACUCCUGUAUGGACAACACUUGGUAUGCAAACUCCUCUAUGGAGAGCACCUGGUAUGCCGCCUCCUGUAUGGACAGCACCUGGUAUGCAAACUCCUGUAUGGACAACACCUGGUAUGCCACCUCCUGUAUGGACAGUACCUGGUAUGCCACUUCCUGUAUGGCCAGCACCUGGUAUGCCGCCUCCUACAUGGGCAGUGCGUGGUAUGCCGCUUCCUACAUGGACAGUGCUUGUUAUUCCACCUCCUACAUGGACAUGGACAGCACCGGGUAUGUCGCCUCCUACAUGGACAGCACCUGGUAUGUCGCCUCCUUCUUGGACAGUGCUUGGUAUGCCGCCUCCCAAAAGGACAGUGAUUGGUAUGCCGCCUCCUUCGUGGACAGCACCUGGUAUGGCGCCUCCCAAAAGGACAGUGCAUGGUAUGCCGCCUCCUGUAUGGACAGCACCUGGUAUGCAAACUCCUGUAUCGACAACACCUGGUAUGCAAACUCCUCUAUGGACAGCACCUGGUAUGCCGCCUCCUGUAUGGACAACACCUGGUAUGCCGCCUCCUACAUGGGCAGCACCUGGUAUGGCGCCUCCUAA